GUCACACAAGAACAACACGAGAACAACAUUAGCUAACAUUAGUGUUUUGUUGGAGAUUGAUUUGUGGUAGUUUAGCCUUGCGGUGAUUUUGGAUCAUAGAUGGAUAAGAAAACAAGAUAUAAAGAAGCAGGUGGAGCGAGCAGUGAUGAAGACGAAGCUUUCGAAAGCGCAGAUGAAGGAGAGGAAGGCUCCAAAAGUUCGAGACCGUCAUUCGCCACGUCAGCUGGAGAUGAUUCCUCAAAUUCCACGUCGAAAGAACUGGUUGGCAAGAAUGAUACGUCAGAAAAACCUCUGGCUAUUUCAGCGAGCGAUAAGAAUUUGGAAACAACAGAACUAGAUAAGGAGGUCCCUAAAAUGGCCGAAAACGUGGCAGAAGAAACGAAGGCAGCUGAGGAUACUGCUGAGGAUAUCCCCAGCGUUGUUACGGAAAGCUCUCCAAAAGAUGUGUCUGGUAACAGCGAAGAGGGAAAUAAGGAAGAAACUGACAGCAGUUCAAUUAAAGACACCGAGGAUGAAAAAAGAGAUUCUGAAAUUGAGAAAAAGAAUGAACAGAAACAAGAAAGUGGUGAAGAGAAAUCAUCUACGACUGGGAUGGAACAAGCAGAGGAAAGUUCAGCCGGAAGAGAUAGUCAAGGACAAAAUGAGCAAUCGUCUGCUGUAUUAGACCAAAAACCUUUUAAAGAAAAUGUGGAAUCAUACACCAGUUCAGCCAGUGAUAUUGAACCUAUCAGGUACUCUGUGCUUGUGUGAACAUGACGCUUAACUUUGUUGUACAUAAUAAAAUAUUGCAUGGUGGAUGGGUGGUGGUGGUGGGGGGGUGGGGUGCUAUUUUCACCAAUAGACCACUAUUUUCCACUAUUUCCUUUACCUAUACUUUUAUAUAUCAAUGAAAUGAUGUCAAAAUGUUCAAAACAGAAGUAGAACCACCUGCCAUAGAUGUCUUGACUAGUUUAUCAUCAAAGUUUUGAACAUUGUAAAGUACAACAACCAACCAUUUAUUUGGGAGCCAUGUUAAAAAAUGUUUACAUAAACAGAAUAAAUUGAAGUAGAUCAGGCAAGGUGAAGUCAUCUUAUAUUUAAGCUGUUGACUAAUAAGCGUGCAAGAAUUUAGGCAUCCUUCUGAUGAAAAGUUACCGCAUACAUCACCAACAAUUUGAAGUCUGUCCCAUUCGAAUGCCGUAACUUUUUAAAAAUAUUUUUGUUGUACAGCUCAACACAGAAGCCAGCUAAAGAGACUUCUUCUUCCAGUGGGGGCUGGGGAUGGGGUGGAUGGGCUUCAGUACUGUCCCAAGCCACAGCCUCUGUGACGUCAGGUCUGUCUUCCGUUAUCGAGACAGUAGAGACCUCAUUAGGUGUUCCUGACCCUGAAGAAAUGGCACGUAAAGUAAGGGAAGAAGAACAGGCAGUGAAAGAGAAAGCACAGGAGAAAAGAAAACAAGAUGAAACCGUUGUGGAAAGUAACAAUGAAAAUGUGAAUAAAGAUGCCGCAUCAGGUGGGUAUAGACAAAAUAAUGUGAAUGAAAAAAAAUAUAUUUGACUGAAGUUGAGCGCAAGACAUUCUCAUUAACAGCAGUCCAUUGGGAAGCAAAAUAAAAACCUAUGCUGAAACAAAGAAUAAUCUGUUUUCCCCUUAAUUUUUAGCAUUUAGCCAUGCUAGUUACAAAGGUUAUCUUCUUACUAUUAUUUGAAAUACUGUUACGGUAUAUUUGGAGUCUUGCAGUGUCCUAUUUUUUGACCACUUGCUGGAAUUAUACAUUCAUGGUGUUUUAUGUUGUUAAUUUUUGGGUAUAAGAUCUGUUUUCAUUUGCUUUUAGUAGCAAGCAGGGACUGUUAUCUGAAACCACUUGCUCUUUCACAGGGCAACUGGGAAGGAGUUUGUUCCCAGCGAGUAAACUGGUUACUAUACCUACAUGCAUCUCUCUAGUCGGCGAUUUCUUCUAGAAUUAGUCGUAAGUAAAAUGUAUUUUCUGUUUUUUUAAGCAGCUGGUGAAUCGUUCUUUUCUGGAUUUGGUGUAUCAAGUUUAACAAGUGUAGUGCAGAAUACUGGGAAAGAGUUAAUGUCAGGCGGACUUGAUGCCUUAGAGUUUAUUGGUAAAAAGACAAUGGAUGUUCUUGCUGAAGGAGAUCCUGGAUUGAGACAAAAAAGGGAAAAACUUACAGGCAAAGGACCAUCCCUGUCCCAGGUAUUACUUUUUCUAUUUUACCAGCAAUCAUAUGCAACACUUAGUAUUGCAGAGAGCUAUUUUUUUAUUGCAAGAACAUACUAUUAUUGGUAUUGAAAUUUAAUGUUUAAUGCAUUCAUGUUUCAAAAGAAUAAGAAUGAAGUAGGAAAUUAAUAUUAAAUAUAACUACAAAAACGGUUGGCUUUGUUGGCUGAAUUGCAUUCAAUCUGGAGACUGAUCUUUUGAAUGCAAGCCCUCUGAACCAUUAGUUAUCAACUCACUAGGUAAACGCGUUAAGACAAAUUCUCAUAUUUGUGAAGGUGAUUCCCUAGUAAAGGACCCUUACAUAGAUUUUUGAUGAAACUUGGUUGACUGAUUUGACAAGUUAACAUGUAGUAAUAAGUGGUGAUCACUGCUCAUGUUCAUGGUACAAUGCCAGAAUUCCUUCGUCUCCUAUAAAUAAUAAUAGGAAAUAUCAAUGGAAAUUCUGGAUCAAACGGGGGGUGCUGUACUGAAUUAACCUGAGAAUGGAUUUCACCUUAAUUUUUCCUAAAUUUUUUACCAUCUUAUAUGUGAUCUCAGAUUUUAAAGGAGGCAAGGGAAGAGUCAGAACAAAAAGCAGCAGCAUCUGAAGGGGGACCUGAGAAGACCACACCCACUGUGGACCUGUUGAGUGAGUUUGACAAGUUCCAAGGACUUGCUCAUUUGGAAGCACUAGAGAUGUUGUCGCGUGACAGUGAGGUUAAGGUGAGUGUUAGAAUAUCAUAAAAGUUAGCUUGAUUGACAGAUGUAAAAAGACGAAGAGGGAUGCUGAUGACAGCAAGGAGCACUCAAAGGGCGAGAAGCAAGAAGUUUUUUUGUCCUAUCUCCUCACCGAUGACCAAUAGGCAACUUUCAAUAUAUUAAAAUUCACCAUGAUAGCAAGUUUUAGAGGACACAAGCAAAGAAAAUGAAUAAACAUGAGUAAUCAUGGUUUGUUCAUUUUCUUUGCUUGUGUCCUCUAAGACUCGCUAACAUGCUGAAUUUUGAUAUAUCGAAAGUGACCUAUUCUCAUUAUUCCUCAUCUUCUCUGUUCUCUUGUAAGACCUGCCACUCACUGUACUUCUACUCAUAGCAAAAACAGACAAGCUGAUAAGCCAAUUAGACAAUAAUAAUCAUUGGAAUGCCCAGCAAACAUAAGUGGGGUAACUCGGACGAGCAAACAUUGGCAAUUGACUUUUGAUUGGUUGAAUAAGUGGGGCAAGUUCUGUUAACUGCACACAAAGCAUGAUAAUGCUUAAGUGUAACUUAUGUGCAUAAUUUUUAUGCGACAACUGUAACAAGGUCAUUGUGUUUUGUUGUCAGCUGGAGUCUCACAUCAUCGAUUUAACAGAGGAGGAACUUGCUGCAGUCAAACCUCUGCUACGAGCUGUGGAGGAAGUUUUUCACAUUGACGAAAACGAUGGUGAUGAUGAUCUCACUGAGGGAGAAUUCAAAUCUGAAGUUGUAGAAAACAUCAAAUCCCUCAAUUUACCUUUAUCAGCAGACAAAAUAUUAGCCUGUCAGGAAAAAGCACGGGCAUGGAUAACAACAUGUGUACAGGAACAAGACAGCACACCCGGAAGCAAAGAAGGACUGGAAAUCUAUAGCAAAGCAGUGUCUAGUAUGGCGGAGCUUACAGCACGCUCUGUUGAACUGUUUCAUAAGUUUACUGAACUUUUACUUCAUAAAGUAGAACAGCCCGCACAAACAUCGUCUUUAGUGCGGGCACAGUGCAUGCGUAAGAUGACAGAGACAGUUUUGGAGGAGAUUUCUGCACAGGCUACACACUUUGCUGGUUGUUUGAAUACCGCUGCUGAUGACUCAGAUAACCCAGACUCAGUAAAUUCACUGAUAACGACUUUGUAUCUUGAUUCAUCCACUAGUGCAGACUAUCUGCGGAACUCUCUCAAACUUCUGCGACCAGUAUUGCAGCUUUCAUCACUAAAUGAGAAGGACGCGUCGUGAUAAAUUAUAUAGAUGGCUCUAAUACUACGGAACCACGCCCUUAAGUAAAACUAACCUUUCCAGCUCUAGCGCAUUUUUUCUGAAUCAUGAUAAAGCUAACCUUCUCCUUUUCACGGCUGUCAUGAUCUAGUUAGUUGAUUGCUAAAACCCACUUGUGUGGGAUAUUGUGAGAGGUGUAUGAAGGAAUGGGCUGGUGGAGGGUAAAAUGGAUGGCAAGAGGAUGAAAUAUCAAGCUCAAUAAAG